AACGGAACGUAGCUGUCAAAGUUCAAUUACUUGAUUCUAUUUAUCGACUUGUGUUGUUUCUUGUUUAUAAAUUGAAAGAAAAUUUAUUCACGCGGCAAUCCAGUACGGGAGUCAGGCAUGAAUGUUGACCGCAGCCCGGAGAGCCCAGUAGAAUUGAGUGAUCGCGAUCAAGCCGUCCUGAUGGAUCCUAUUGACCACGAACGUUGUCGCUAUCCGUAUUGUAUAGUUUGGACUCCCAUUCCGGUUUUAACAUGGAUGUUCCCAUUUCUGGGUCACAUGGGCAUCUGCACAUCCAGCGGGGUGAUCCGGGACUUUGCUGGCCCAUACUUUGUGUCUGAAGACCUGAUGGCUUUCGGGAACCCUACCAAGUACUGGCAGCUAACACCAGCUAAGGCUCACAAUGGGCAACCUGGAUGGGAUGCUGCUGUUCAUAAAGCUUCAGAGAUUUAUAAAAAGAGAAUGCAUAUCAUAUUCUAUGACAACUGCCACUCACAUGUGGCCAUGGCGCUAAACCUCAUGGGUUAUGGGGGCUGCAAGAACUGGAAUAUGGUGAAGCUGGCCUUCUACAUGAUACCCUAUUCUAAAUAUGUCAGCCUUGGAGCCUUCGUAAAGACUUGGCUGCCGUUCGUGAUCAUCGUCGCGUUCAUCUGCACACUCGCCGCUCUCAUAUAGAUGUCUGAGGUUAUAGCAGGGUCCCCUCACAGUUCAAGGAGUUUUGGCCGUAAGCACUCUACGUUCGUGUCCAGAAUAGGAUAGAACUUUUCAAAAUAUUUAAUAAAAUAAUUUGAUUUGUUCCCAAAAUUGUAUAUGUCGGCGCGUCGGCGGCGUAUCGUAAGAUCAGGCAAAUCGUAAAGUUCCUGUGAAUGUUUUGACGGUCAGAUUAAACCAAAAGAUGGGUACGAUAGGUGACUUCAGAUGCCAAAGCGGGUGUAGCGAGGCUCCGUCUACUCAGGGAACGUGACAAAGAUUUUCACAUUUCACGAUAUGCCUAGGAAUUUCACGAUCUGCCUGAUGUUACGAUCCGCCGCCGACAUAUAGCUAACAGCACCCCUCUCGCUCGUAAUCCCGUAAGGGAUUCGGAUAGAAUGUGCAAGCACGUACUGCUCGGCCUUUAGAAUUGACAAAGGCACCUAAGAUUUCAAAAAUUGCAGAGAAUUUGAAAUAGAGGUGGAUUCUCAAAGAAAACUUUGUAGCCACAGACGCCACAGUAAGUUAACUGCCAUCUUUACACACAUGAUUAAAACUUUUAGAUCGCCAUUUGACUCUUAUUCUUACUCUUUCACCGAUGUGUUAAAUAGCAAAAAUAGGCGCCAUCUUACCGGGCACCACCUAAAGGUUAUGGCGCCAUCGCUCGAAACAAUGCCGUCAUACCUUUGGCCUUUGAUCUAUUAGAUGGCGCCAUUUUUUGAUAUUGAACAAAUUUAACACAUAUCAGGGAAAGAAUAAGGAUCAAAGUUAAAUGGCGUUCUAAAAGUUUUAAUCAUGGGUCAAAUGAUGGCAGUAAAUUUACUGUGGCUACAAAGUUUUCUUUGUCAAUCCACCUUUAUUUCCAAUUCUCUUUGAUAUAGGUAGUCGCGCGAGCUGAUUACGCUGGAGGGUUCGGUCACUUUCUUUAGUUUAUGACAUCUACAUAUCUUUGUAUAAUACUAAUGCAAUAGGGAAUGUGACGCGAAACUCUACCUAGGGGCCUAGGGGGCGCCACUACCACAAUCCAUCACAAUUUGAGGGUCUACAGCGAAAAGAGAAAUUCGAAAUUUCGUUAUCUAACCUCUCUAUCACUCUUGCAUAUUCGAGCGAUGAAGAGGCAGACAAAUUGUAAACAAAGCGCCUUGACGCAUCAAUGUCAUGUUUUAUUAUCUGUAAAACUUGUCAAAAAACAGUUUAAGACACAGUAUGUAUAAGUUACUCUAUGGUUUAUGAAAGGUGCUAGUGCUGCACUCUGGCGGCAGAACAUUGCAGUAAUACUCCCUAUUACGGUGUUGAUAUUAGAAAUUAUCUAAAACAGUUGAAAAAAAGCGUAAAAUGCAUGAAAUAUCUCAUUCUGGACAUGGGUGUAGUACGUUUUCCUCACCGAAAUGCAUCUAAAUAUCUAAAUAGGGACCGUGCGCGUUGGAGGGUCUACCAUCUUGUGGCCUGAAUCGGAACCAUAAACAUGCACAUUUACACGUCACGUGUUUUCUUGUGCAUAGUAGGUUCUGCCAUCUUGUGGGCUACGUCGGAACAAAAAACAUCACAUUUACGCCUCGCGCCAAAAAUCUGACGGCUCCUGUGCUGCCUCCUACAGUUCAUGCACGCUCCCUAUAGGUAGUAUCAUUAUGGUGCACCACUUUCAUACAGUGAACCAUUGUAAAGUAAGAAGUUAGGUGUGGCAAGUGUUUUUAGUAUUGCAUCGCCUGAAAAAUACAACAUCAAUAGCGCAAGUGUCAGGACUAAAAUAUGGUACGGUCGCCAUCAGAUAUAUCGGAGCGGCCGAGGUGGUCACAAAUAUCUGAACACGCACUCUAACGGUUUGACAAUAGAAGCGUGCUCAGGGCGGCUACCGGGAAAAUCGUAAUUCGUCAAUUGCGGGCAUUUUUCUCUGUCAUUCUAAUUACGUCUUAGUGAGAGUAAAAGAGAAAGAUCCCCGCAAUUUGCGAAUUUCGGUUUUCGCGGUAGGCCCCCAGAUAUUUGUGAGCACCUAGGACGCGUCGAUAUAUUUGAUGGCUGCUGUACUAAAUCUGUUUGGAGAUCACUGAUGAUUUAUGUGAUUUUUAAAAUUAUGAUAUGAUAUAGGAUGAGAUCCAAUCUUAUCCCAUAGGAUUAAUGAAUUUGUGGUGCAAUUUUUUAUGUUUAAAUCAUACCCCUAUUUUAUUUUGAUAAGCAUUAGAAAAUUAUUUAGUCCACAGGCCUAUUUUAACAAUAGGUAUAACUCAUAUGUCACUUUGUCGCUUGUCAUAAGGAUGAGAUUUGCUUGUAUCUUAAUACGAAUAACAUGUCAAGGCGUCCUUAUCGCAAGCGACAAGGUGGGACGUUUUGCCGGCCGCGGUCACAUAUAAUAAGAGGUGUUUUUGGUUUAUCUAAUUUGUAUGUACAGUAUUUUAUGCGCUUAUUUUUAAAUUGAAAUGUCAUCAUUGUUGCCUAAUGUGUUAACCGGAGAUUAUUUCGUAAAUAUUAAAGAUAAAAACAAGUUUAAUUAAUAUCGAAAGUAUGUUACCCAACUAGUAAAAUCACAUUUAGAACUUUUUUUAAAUAAAAUUAUAAAUAUCCCGAAUAUUAAGAAAUAUCAUUCCAUUUCAAGAGCAUUUAUAAUGAUGACAUUUCCUUUCUGGUUACAAUAUGACUAUAACGUCUAUAACAAAUUAACAAGCACUAUGAGAAUCGAGACUACAGAGGAAUAUAUUUUAUAAUUUAUUUUUAUUGAUGUUUUAUUUGUUACUUGUUGAUUGAUCGGAUGUUGGGACUGUCACUAUCAUGUUUGUCUUGCAAUGAGUCUGAUUAAAUAUCGUGUUGUA